AUGGAGCCGUCUGGAUGCUCAUGUCUGCUCGUGGGUUCUCGCAGGCCGACACCGUCUUCGUCUUUACCUGCAAGCCCGCGUCGUCGGGUGGUGCUUCCUGGCAUCGUGCCAGGCACAGUGCUGCGUACGCGCGCCUCUGUUGUCGAGUGGAUUCACAGCUCCAGGCAGCUCCCGGCUUUCACGGAGUACACGGUACUGAUGAGGGGUGGCAAGCGGGUGCCAAGACAUGCGGCCGACUCGGGGUUAGGGACGCUGCCUUGCGGGCUGGCCGCUACAAAUGCCUGUCAGCGGUGUCCGUGGAUGGCGGUGGGAGGCAGCGGCGAGAGCGCCACAACAAAGAACGCCUGCUGGCGCGCGUCUCUUUACGCUGCGGUGCACAACGCGUGGGUGUCCGCUUCCGCAACGCGCGGUGCUACACACCUAACCAGCGCCCACGAUGAUGUUAUGCGCUGCUGCUCCUUCCUGGAGCCUUUCGCGGUGAAGGUGACACCGAACCGACUCCUGGGCCUGCAGCUCUUCUUUGUGCCACUCGAGUGGUCCAACUCACCUACGUCAUCGCUCAGUCGUCUCGCAGACUCCGCAGUGCCCGCCAGUAGCGCCCCUUCUUCUGCCACGGCGAUGGUGUACAUUGAGCGGGAAUGCUCAUCGUGUUCCCCAUCUGUCAGCACUCAAGUGUGUCGCAGAGAGUCGGCGUUAUCUGCCGCUGCUUCAGGCGGCGCCACGGGGCUCCCUCCAGAGGCACUCAACUUCGCGCAGGAGUGCUUGUUGGAGUCGCUGGAGCAGAAACGACUCGUCCCCGCUCUCCAGCGAUGGGCUGCACAGCUUCCCACCUCUAUCCAGGCGCGUCUUCUUGGCACCUUUAUCUCUCAACCCUUCAUGCGGGCCCCGCACUCCGUACGGACUACAUCGUUGCAGGUGACUCUCGUGGUGGAGCGCAACACAGACGUACUCGGGAUGCAGAGCCCUCUGUGCAGCCCGUCCCACCCCGCCGAUCUCCUUUCCACGGAGGAGCAGCAACUUGUGGAGGUGGUCACCGCGGCGGCGCCGCUGAUCCAUGAGAUCGAGGUGCUUGUGUGGGUGCAGGGCACACACAACGACCCACGAGGAACGGCUUCCGGAGAGGCCGCUCUGCAUCGACUCUACCCGACCCUCAGUCGGGAGGUUUCGCUGGAAGAUGUGCGGUGCGAGACUUGGCAAGGCAGGAAUGACUCUGCCAAGGGUGAGGCGGAACCGCACGAGCUGCAGCGCGUGCAAUUUGCGCAGACGGUUUGGUGCUGGUGCCACCCGCUGAGCAAGGAGCUGUCAGUGCACAUACCUCCCUAUCAUGCAGCCUUAUGCGCCGUUCCUUUUCCCUGGUUAGCUGAGGCGCGCCGCCGCCUUCCUCAGUCGAGGCACACCUCUGUAUACCGCAUAACGUCAUUUCCUGCGCUCUCCAGCAGCGCUGCAGCUGGCAAUGCCGCGCCAGCAUUUCUCAGCGCCUGCUCGCAACGGCUUCCGUGGGUCCCAACUUUCUGGCGCCACCCCGGCGCGCUCGACGCCUGUUGCUCUGUGCUACUCAGCAUUGUCCUCGAGGGCACGACCUUACCUACCAUGGCAAUGUCUGCCGUCACCCAGAGUGACACGCCACAUCGGCCAGAGAGCGUCGAGGUGCACGCCCCUUGUGUUUCUGCGCAAUCAUUGGUCUCUGACGAUGCAGACAUCAGUGCAGCCGCUGGGCAAACCAUCUUGGACGGAGCUGUCGUGGCACUUGCGAAAGAGGCGGAGCGCUCAGUCGCUCUCAGUGGGAAGUCGGAGAAGGUCGGUCAUUUUUCCUCUGGUGGCGCACUGCUACUACCCACACCAUUAUCAGCAUCACUGACACCUCGUCGCGUGCUCAUAUCCGUGCGAGAGGGCGAUGGAGCCGCGGCGGCCGUGACGACGGCGUUCGUGAGAGAGGUACUGCGCUCAGUCCGUGGACAACCUGUACGCUUGUGCUUCUAUGAGUGUACGUCCACGAUGAGGGCCUCAGCACUUGGCGCGCAAGUUGCCGCGACACUCCACCACGCGCAGCAUGUCGGUCAAUCGUUCUCUGUCGACACAGGCGUCGUGGAUGUUGAUCCGCUCGCCUCGUCAUUUGUGGCAUACGCGUGCGUGGCUCUGCAGUCGUGA